AUGGCAUAUAAUCGAUCAUUAGAUAUCGAUUCACGUGCACGAUCUUUUUCUGACCCUAUUGUUCUCGAUUAUCAUGAUGUUACUAUUAGACAAUCAGAUUUAGAUACAUUAAAUCCAAGUAAUUGGCUGUCAGAUAAUAUAAUCAGUUUUUCAUUCGAACAUCAAGAACACAAUAACCAACAAGAAAACAAUCAGAAGUUAUUCACCUUUAUUAGUCCUCCAGUCGUCCAAUUAUUAAAAUUAAGUGAAUCAACAACAGCCAAACAUUUAUUAGAAAAUAUUAACUUUUUAGAUAAACAAUUUGUUUUCUUAGCGUUAAAUGACAAUUCAGUUGGUUCAUCAGUGGGAGGAUCCCACUGGUCAUUGAUCAUACUUUAUGUACCAGGUAAAGUCAUGUAUCAUUUCGAUUCAAUGUUUCCAUCAAAUGAAUCAGCAGCAAAGCAGUUAUAUCAAAAAUUGGAUGCAUAUUGUGAACAGAAUAUUAACUGUUCUCAGUCACCACAACAAAUUAAUUAUUGUGAUUGCGGUUUAUUAAAUAUUAUUCAUCAUUUUCCGAAAAUGUCCGGUCGUACACCAUCGUUCAUUUUAGUUGGAUUAAUCAUCAUUCUUUUACUACUAGGAAUGUAUUAUAUGUCAUGUUCAUCGAAAAAUAAUGAACUUCGAAUUAGUCUAGAAGAUUUUGAAGAACGUGUACGAAGUUUAACAAUGAAAAAUGCUGAUUAUGAACAUAAAAUUGAUACUAUAAAUACUCGGAAACGUGACUUAGAAGAAGAAAAAGUGUCGAUUCAGCGUCAAACAGAAAAGAAAGAUUCUGAAAUUAAUGAAUUAAACAUUAAAUUAAACGAAAAAUUAGCAGAAUUACAAAGUAUAAAAUCAGACAAACAAGUGUUAUAUAAUCAAUUGAAAGAAUUCAAAACGUUAAGUGAAAGCAUAUCAUCAAAGGAUACUCUGAUUGAACAAAUGAAACAACAAUUAGAAGAACACAAACAUACAAAGGAUAAUUUGGACAGUGAAUUAGCAAAAUUACGUCAAGAAAUAGAGCAAUAUAAAGCAGAAAAAGUUGCAAGUAAUCAACAACCACAACAACUACCUUAUCCAGUUCGAGGUCAACCACAACCACUGGCAGAAAUUGUAGUAACUGAAGGAUUACCCGUUCGACCUCGACAUCAACGAUUUCUACCAUUGCAAAAUAUUGACCCAAAUCAAAAUAAUAAUCCAGUUCCGGCUCCUGCUUCAUCCUCAAUACCUUCAUUUCUACAGCCCCUUCAGAGACUUAUGAAUUUGACAAGUAAUUUACAAAAUCAGCUAUUACCAUCAUCGGAUAAUAGUAAUAAUAACGAUACACGUAAUCAGAAAGCACAUAAUGAUGCUAAUAAUCCUGAACAUGUCCUAGCUCCUCCUCUGAUAAAUCCAUCUUAUCGAUCACAACAACAGGGUUAUGUUGAACCACAGCAAUUACGUCAACAACAGCCUAUCCAACAUGUUACACAACAACAACAACAAGUUCAAGAGCCCAAUCCUGAUCAGGAGGAUCGACCAAUGAAUCCUGAGCAACAACCUCAUCCGAUUCCUCCGCCUAUUUUGAAUAAUCAGUUGAACAAUGUAUCCUCUAAUAUUGUUGAAGAAGAAGUAGAUGAUGUCGAUAAAAAUGAAAUUGAUAAACCAGCUGUGCAAAAUGCAAACGAUAAUUUGCCUGAACAACAACCUCUCGUUCAACAAAAUCAACAACAGCCACCGUUGAAUCAGAAUGCUUUAUCGUGGCGGCGAUCAGCACAUGUUAACGAUAAUAAUGAUGAAGACGAAGUGGAUGAUAAAAAAAAUGAAGACAAUGACCUUGCUGCUGAUGAACAUGAAGAAAAAAAUAACCCACACAAUCAUAAAAUCGAUGAAAAUAUUGAUAAUUCCAAAAAUCUAUUAUAA